AUGGCUGGCCCAGGUGGCGGUCCUCCCCGUCGGAGCCACACCAAGUCCCGCAAGGGUUGUGAAACUUGCAAGAAGCGUCACAUCCGCUGUGAUGAGAGCUUCCCUCAAUGCCGCAACUGUACCAAGCACAAAAUCCGCUGCCCUUACAACGACGUCUCCGCUGCCGACGCCAACCGCUCCACCACGCCCGACAAGCCCGAUCUUAUGUGGACGCCCGACGUCGAGGCCGCCAUCACCGAGUGGCAGUGCACCGGCAUAUUCCCCUUCCCCUCCCUCAACGUGUACCCUGCUCCUGCCGCGAGCCACUACUCUGUUGAGGACCUGAGGUUGAUCUACCACAUUGCCGCUCUGUACCACCAGCUUGCUCAGAUGGAUGCCAACAACUUCACCCUCUGGACCCGUCACAUUCCGACCCUCCUGAGGAUCGGUGCCACGACUCCCUACGUCAUGCACGCCCUCCUCGCCUUCUCUGCCAUGCACAUUGCCUUCCUCACCGACUGCCCGCUGGUCGGUGGCAUGGCUUUCGAGCACCGCGGAAUCGCCCUCAGCGGCCUGCACGAGGCUAUCGGCAUCUUCUCUCGUGAGAACUCGGAUGCCGUGCUGGCAGCGUCUCUCGUCCUGUCCUGGCAGGCUACCGACUGGCCCAGCUGGACGCAACUCAUGCAGGGCACCUCCACCGUUAUGGACGCCAUGGAGUCCUGGAAGCACGAGUCCCAGUUUGUCGACUUCAUCGCCGAGAGCAGCACCUUCCCCACGGCUCCCUCGUCGCCUGGCCCCGACCACCGUCCCAGCCAGCCUCGCAAGGAGGAUAUCGAAGCCUUCCAGCGAACCCUGGAGCAGAUCCAGCGGGUCGAGGCUCACCUCAAGCACCAGACCGAUGCCGGCUCCCGCGUGGACACGGCCCAGAUCCAGAACCUGGCCAGCUUCCUCAAGGGCUCGCGCAAGAUCAGCCCCACCCUGCCCAUCUCGCAGCAGUUUGAGCGCCUCAGGUCCCUUCGAGACUGGCUCUUCUGGAUGCCGGUCGGCUACCUCCAGAACUACCGCUGCUCGCCCAACUCGCUCGUCGCCAUCGCGCACCUGUACACGGUGGCUCUGCUGAUGGAGCGCAUGUUCCCCGAGAUCGGCGCCGCCUACUUUGGAAGUCUGUCCCUGGUGCCCAUCGAGGAGAUUGCCCGCCGCCUGAUGUCGUACUGCGUGUCUGUCGGGUCCGAUGUCGAGUCCAGCGCGCCCCUGAAGCUGAUGGACUUCCCCAUCGACGCCGUCGGCGAGUUCCGCUCCCGCAUGGGCUGGGUCCAGCCGGAGAGGACGAGGUCGUUCCCGCAGUUCAACCCGCCCAACUUCCCCGUCUACGAGGAGCCCCCGCACUACGAGGAGCUGCCGCACCACCACCCGUACUCGCUCUACGGCAACCCGUCCUUCAGCUACAGCGCCGAGGAGAUGCCGGUGCUCAACGACUCGGUACCGCCCGGCCAGAGCCCCGUCCCGCCCGUGGCCCUGUCGCCCUAUCCGGGUCAGCAGUACCUGAACAUCCCGUCGCCCAUGUACCGCAGCGCCUACAGCCCCGCCUCGUCGACGUUUGAGGGUUCCGUCACGUACAGCGACAACGAGGACUACGGCACUUGGGAGCUCGGCCCGCCGAUGCCCGCCCAGCAGCAGCAGCAGCAGCCGCAGCAGCCGUACACUCCGCAGCCGCAGCAUUCUCCCAUGUUCAGUGACGCCCAUCACACCUUUGGCCCCGGGUUCGUCUCUCCCACCGCUCAGCCCGUGUGGAUCUAG